AUGAAAGAAGUGAAUGCCAUUAAUCUGCAGCAAGUCAAGAGUAUGCAAAACGCAAUCGACUCAAUGAGACUAUCAUCAGACUCAGUCGUGAGGACCCUGACUGGAAUCAUAAAAGAACAAGGCAAUAUCAUAGCUGGACUAAGUCUGACUGUAGACACAAUUCUCUCCAAUCAGCAAGAACAUGGCAAGCAAUUGCGGAAAGCGUCAUAUCACAUAGCGAAAGGCAACGAAGUUACUUCACUGGCAGGACGUGUAUUUGAGCGAAAGAAUUUCACGAAGUCCUGGAAAUUCAACGGAUUUCCUCCAUUCAAGGUUACCGUAGUUGUUAUCGAUACAGCAGCACUUACUUUUGUUUCAGAAUGUUAA